AUGGGUAGAGAGAUCAUAUCGCUGCAGGCCGGUCAAGCUGGUAAUCAGAUUGGGGCACAAUUCUGGCAAAAACUAUGCGCAGAACAUGGUAUAACACCUCAAGGGAAUCUCGAAGAAUGGGCUGCGGACGGGAGCCAAGGCGAUAGGAAAGAUGUGUUCUUCUAUCAGGCGGAUGACGAGCAUUAUAUACCUAGAGCUAUUCUGAUAGAUUUGGAACCUAGGGUAAUAAACAAUAUCCUCACAUCACCGUUCAAAGGUCUAUACAAUCCUGAGAACAUCUACGUGUCGAAAGAUGGUGGAGGAGCGGGAAACAAUUGGGCUCAAGGGUAUAGUGCAGGAGAGAGGUUGUACGAUGAUUUGAUAGAGAUGAUAGAUAGAGAAGCGGAUGGAAGUGAUAGUUUGGAGGGAUUCAUGCUUCUCCACUCGAUAGCGGGCGGUACAGGCUCAGGUCUAGGAUCGUACCUUCUCGAGCGACUGUCCGACCGAUUCCCCAAGAAACUCAUCCAGACGUACUCGGUGUUUCCCGAAUCAUCUGAUGUGGUGGUCCAACCGUAUAACUCCCUCCUGGCGAUGAAGAGGCUGGUGAAUAACGCGGAUAGCGUGGUGGUAUUGGAUAAUGCAGCUUUAACGAGGAUAGCGGCGGAUAGAUUGCAUAUACAGGAUCCGAGCUUCGUGCAGACCAAUCAGUUGGUAUCCACCGUCAUGGCUGCUUCUACAACUACUUUGCGAUAUCCCUCCUACAUGAACAACGACCUUGUCGGGAUCAUAUCCAGUUUGAUACCCACCCCGAGAUGCCAUUUCUUGAUGACUUCGUACACACCAUUCACAGGUGACGAGAUAGAUCAUGCCAAAUCAACUCGUAAGACUACCACUCUGGAUGUGAUGCGCCGACUGCUCCAACCGAAGAAUCGAAUGGUCUCAACUAUCUCUACCAAGUCUUCCGCCUACAUCUCAUGUCUCAACAUCAUCUCCGGAGACGUCGAUCCUACAGACGUGCACAAAUCGUUAUUGAGAAUUAGGGAAAGGCAAUUGGCCAAUUUCAUACCAUGGGGUCCGGCCAGUAUACAAGUUGCCUUGACUAGACGAAGAGGUGGUCCGGCGGGAACAAGUAACAGAGUUAGUGGAGUGAUGAUGGCUAAUCAUACUAGUAUAAAUUCCCUAUUCAAGAGGAUGAUACAUCAAUAUGAUAUGUUGCGUAAACGAAAUGCUUUCUUGGAGCAAUAUAAGAAAGAGGAGAUCUUUGCGAAUGGCCUGGAUGAGUUUGAUGAUGCUAGACGAGUAGUGGCGGAAUUGCAAGAGGAAUACGUCGCCGCUGAAAGUCCUGAUUAUAUCGAUUACGGAGGAGAAUAG